ACAUACAGGUUUCAGUCGGACUUGUUUUCUUUUGAACAGCUGUUAAAAGCUUGUCAAAAGUCUGCGACGGUACAGUUCACUAUCUACAGCCGCAGCCGCAAACAUGCCGAGGAGAACCGCGCAGGAAUGGAUCCGCUUAUCCCUGCGCACACCGGGGAUUCUCAUCUUCGGAAUGGUCAUGGCCCCCUGCGGAUGGGUCCUGGACCUGACCGCUACUGUGGCCCCCAGCUGGAGGACCCUGAACAACCUCCCUAACAGACCGACCAGUGAGUACAUCGAGCAGGGCAUCUGGGACAUCUGCAGGAGGACCACGUCCUCACCGAGGGGCGAGUGCUCCCUGGAGGACACCACCUACUUCGGCAACGAGAUCAUCGAGGUCGCGCAGGGUCUAAUGGUCGCGUCCUUGGUCGUGACUCUAGUCGGUUUGGCCGUGGCCAUACCAGGAGUCCGCUGCUGGAAGGACAGACCCAACUGGGUCGCGGCAGGUCUGGGCGGACUCUUGAUCUUCCUCUCGGGUGUCAUGACCAUCAUCCCCAUCGCGUGGUACACCCACAUCCUCAACGACGUCACCACGGUGUCCCCGGUCAUCGACGUGCGCGUGGGCUACUGCAUCGUGCUGGGCUACAUCGGCGGCAUCUUCGAGAUCCUCGGCGGGUUCGUGAUGUUCAUCGGCAUCUGCCGCUGCUGCGGCGGGAGGAACCGCGGCGAAGUGCGCGUGGAGGAUGCCCGGGGCACCCAGUUCAGGCAGAAGCCCCCGCCGAGACCCACGAUCAUCCCGAGCCUGGACCGCAGGAGCAACCCCAGCACCACCGUGCCCUACUCCAAAGACUCCCUGGACGACGACGUGUCCUUCCCCCGAGCCAAGAGUCCGGGAGUCCGUUCAGUCAACACCUCAUACAGCGGCAGACCCGGGGACGCGGACCUAUGAGGAGCCACAUCUGAACUCAGACACCACAAAGACCAAGUCCAAAGAGAGACAACCUGAACUGGGACAUAAAGAAGCAACAAGGAAUGAACAAAUGUUCCUGGAAGAAGAAAUGGUGAUUAAAUAAUGACCUGACAGACCCCAAAGCUAGAAUAACUAUCUAUUUAUAUGUAGAUGUAAACACUUAAAUGCAUCAGAUUAUUAGGACUAACAGCUUUAACAUGGACAUGUAGAGAAAAACAAAGUCUCGGGGGGAGAAAUGGCUUUUUUACCACCCACAAAUCUAAAUUAGUGUAGGAAAACUGUGUGCCUUUAUAAAAUAUUCAGUCUUUAUAAACACCAUUAAGUACUUUAAAGCCACCAUUGAUGGAUAAUCCGGGUUUUUAAGUGAUCAAACAACUUAAUUAAAUGGCAGUAAAGACUUUAAUCACCUGCAGGGACAUGGAAAAAAAAGGCCAACAAAUUAAAACAUUACAGUAAAACAAAGGGUGUUUGUACUGAGAAGUCUUAUAAAAUACCAUAAAGUAUACGUUAAAUCUCCCUACUGUUACUUUUGAAUGAUUAUCCUGGUAUUUAGCUUAAUAAAAAACACUUUAAAACACCAAAUUACUGUUGGUUACAACUCAAAACCUAUAUUACUGUCAUCAAAUAGUAGCUUUUUAUAAUAUUCAAAUGCCUGACCAGUCAUUUAAAGUCAUUUUUGAUUGAUUAUCCUGAUAUUAAGUGAUCAAAUAACUAACUUCAUUUUCAACAGCCGUCUAGUUAUUACAAAAAUAACUUGAUAUAAUAGCAAAAAAGGAGGAAUAAAUGGUAAUUAAACAACUGCAAAAUAUAUUUUACUGACCUAUCCUCGUAUCAGGUGAUCAAAUACUUAAAUUAAAUAACUUAAAACAUGAUCUGAAACCUGGAUAAUAAAUGUAGAGCAAAAAACAAACGAAAGUGGAAACUUUCUCAGGAUUUACAUCGUUUAAAAGUCACGAAUAAUACCAGAAAGUAUACUUUUACCCACCCACAGUACAGUUAUUGGUGAUUGAUUGAUUAUCAUGGGUGUCAAACGAUCAAAUAUGAAAGGAUGAGGUGUGAAAUGAGCGAGUGAGGAGCCACGACUGCACUUACAAGUGGUUGCUGACAUCGAGAUGUUUGUUAUCACUGCAGAAAUAUUAGAACGGCGGAAAAGAGAUUCUACACAGGGAAGGA